AUGGAUAAUUUUUAUUUAAUUGGAAUUUUUAUUGGAAAAUUUCAUUAUUUAGAACCUGACAUAUCCGUACAUCAAAUUAAAAUAGAAGGUUAUUUUAUUGAUAAAGUUUUAGGUUCUUGUAUUGAAGCGAAUUCAUCAAAUUCAAACCUUAACCAUUAUAAAAGUCCUUUCAUUUUGGAACAAAACAUUGUUAAAAAUGUCAAUAGGCAAAUUUCAUCGAAUUGGUGGAAAUUAUUGGUCAUUCACAAAGAUUUUUCCGAAUUGAAUUCGAAAAAUAAAAUAAUUAUUUUAGACAUAUAUAAAUGUUUCAAUGAAGAAGAUAAUGAAACAGAUAAGAAAAGAAUUGCUUUUGCUUUUAUAAGUCCUUUAGCAUCUGAUGGUAGCAAUAAUUUAAAUGUCAAUUUAAAACUUCAACUUUAUAAAAUAAGAAAAAAAUGUAAAAUAUCUCAUCAAAAUUGUAAUGUUUAUCAUUUGUAUUCGGAACACAAAUUAAAAAAAAUCCCUGGUUUUAUUGAAAUAUCAAUAAAAGAAAUUGUUUCAAAUAAGAUCACACAAAUAUCACCUGAAAUUCAAAAAGGCAGAAGGAAAUUUUCUGAGGAAGAAAAUAAUUUAAAAGCUGAUGAUGCUCUUCCUCCUCCUUCUUCGAAUGAAUCAAAAAAAAAUUUAUUGAAAAUUUUCAAAUGGUCAAGACUUCCGACUCAAUCGUGUAAAAUUCCAAAUAAGGUUCAUAAAUCUUUCGGUUUUGGAAAAAAUAGUUUUACUUGCUUGCAGUUUAGCAGAAGUGGUAUUUACAUAGCAGCCGGUAUGAGUUCAAAAAUAUUUAUUUAUGAUGUUAUAUCCGGUGAAGAAGUUAAUCACUUAACAGGUCACAUAGGAUACAUAUAUGAAAUUGAUUGGUCGUUUAAUGAUAAAUAUUUACUAAGUGUUUCAAACGAUUGUCAGGGGAUAAUAUGGAGUUUAAAUCAAAAAAAUCCCCUAUUCACACUACCCCAUCCAUCAUUUAUAUAUUGUGGAAGAUGGGUGACAGAUGAAGAAGUCAUAACAGGUGGAAAAGAUCAUUUGAUUCGAUACUGGUGUAAAAAUACAGAAGAAGAAUUUAAUUUAGUCGAAGAAAUUGGAGGUCAUUCAGGAUUUAUCAGUUGUUUAGUUUUAUGUAACGGUUCUUUACUCAUAUCAGGUGAUUCUUUGGGAUUCAUUAUGAUUAGAAAACUUAUCGAUAACUCUUGGAUUUUGCAAAAAAAACUUUCUUUUCCUGAAACUUGUAAUAAAGUUAUUGAUUUUAUAGCCGUACAAUCAAGUCAAAGAAGAAUAAUUAUUUCUGUUCGAUCGCAAAAUUCAUAUUUAGUCGAUUUUGUAUCUGGAAUAAUAUUACAAACGUACAAAUCAUUGUCAAGUUCUUGCGUUCGCUCUGUUUCAACUUUAACCCCAUGUGGUUCGUAUUUAUUUUCAUUUUGUCAAAAUGGUAACAUUGGUGUUUGGGAAGUUAAUACGGGAAAAUUUUUUGCUUCUUAUAAUAAUUUAUUUCCGAAUGAUCGUAUGACGGAAUUAAGCGGUUGCAUGCAUUAUCAUCCGUUUGAACACAUGAUUGGAAUAACGGUUUUAAUUGAAAAUCAUCCUCUUCUCGUUUUGAAAUACGACGUUAAGGAAAACGAUUCGAAAAAAUUAGGAUUAGAUUUUUUCGAUAAAAAAUUUGAAAAAAUUGAAGUUUUUAAUUAUAAUAAAUAUUUUAAUGAAACGAAAUUACAAAAAACGGAAAAUAUUUUAGAAACUAAGAAUGACAGUUAA